AUAACCCGCCCCCGCCUCCUCACAACCCUCUACGCCUUCGCCUCUCUUACCGCCCUCCUCUACGGCACAUCCACGUACCUCGUCACGCCCAUGCUAGCCUCGCUCACCACAUCCCGCCUCUCGCUCGCCUCAACCGCAUCGCAAAACCUCUCCAAACUAAUCGCGAAACUCGAAGCCGCCGUAUCAAUCAUCCCGGAAACCCACCAAUCACCCGUACACAAAACAGACGCAGAAGCUGAAGAAGAGGACGAGGAUCCCAGUGAACUAUUCCACCGCGACAUCGGCGUACAAACCUCGCCCCCACGUUCCCGUUCUAGCUCCGUGUCUCCUGCUCCUGCUCCUAGUCUGAUUAGUUCGCACGUGGAGAGGUUACAGAUGUUGAAGACGCAUCUGCAGGAAAUACAGACGGAUAGUACGAAGGAGGGGGAUAAUACGGGGGAGUUGGAGACGACGAUGGGGCUGCUGCGGGAGUAUUUAGACGGGUUUGCGUAUGCGGCGCCGAGCUAUGUGGGGAAUUAUGGGUUUAUGGGUGCAGCUGGGGCUGGGGGGAAAGAUGAGGAUGAUGAGAUUGGGAGGGUGAAGGCGGGGAUUAGGGGGGUCAAGGGGGUGUUGCUUAGUGCGAGGAGUUUUCCAGGGGGUGUGAGGGGUAGAUAG